CCGCCGGGCUGUUAGUCACUCUGCAGCAGUACACAGUGAGAGGAGCAGAAACUACAGGCAGCAUCAUGACGAAGGUUAACAUCGGCAUCAAUGGAUUUGGUCGUAUCGGGCGUCUGGUGACCCGCGCUGCUUUAAGCAACAAUGAAGUACAAGUUGUGGCCAUUAACGAUCCCUUCAUUGACCUGGAAUACAUGGCGUACAUGUUCAAGUAUGACUCCACCCAUGGGCGCUUCAAGGGAGAGGUGAAAACUGAGGAUGGUAAACUGGUCAUCAACAGCCAGAAGAUCACCGUCUCAGCAGAACGGGACCCAUCCAACAUUAAGUGGGGAGAUGCUGGUGCAAUGUACGUGGUUGAGUCCACUGGCGUCUUCACAACCAUGGACAAAGCCUCUGCUCACUUGAAAGGAGGUGCAAAGCGUGUUGUGAUCUCCGCUCCUUCUGCAGAUGCCCCAAUGUAUGUUGUUGGCGUGAACCAUACUGAAUAUAACAACUCUCAAAAAAUCGUCAGCAAUGCCUCCUGCACCACAAACUGCCUGGCUCCUCUAGUAAAAGUCAUCAAUGACAACUUUGGCAUCGAACAGUCACUGAUGACCACUGUCCAUUCUUACACUGCUACCCAGAAGACUGUGGAUGGCCCAUCUGGAAAACUGUGGCGUGAUGGCAGAGGUGCUGCCCAGAACAUCAUCCCAGCAUCAACUGGUGCAGCCAAGGCUGUUGGCAAAGUCAUCCCAGCUUUGAAUGGAAAGUGUACUGGGAUGGCCCUCAGAGUCCCUACUCCUAAUGUAUCUGUAGUUGACCUGACCUGUAUCUUGGCAAAGGCUGCCACCUAUGAUGAAAUCAAGGCUGCAGUGAAGAAAGCAUCUGAAGGGCCAAUGAAGGGAAUCCUGGGAUACACCGAGGACCAGGUUGUCUCAAGUGACUUCAAUGGUGAUUGUCGCUCAUCUAUCUUUGAUGCUGAUGCUGGCAUUGCUCUGAACGACAAAUUUGUUAAGCUGAUCACUUGGUAUGACAAUGAAUGGGGCUACAGUAACCGUGUUGUGGAUCUCCUAGUAUACAUCGCCUCCAAAGAAUAAUCUCACCGAUUCCCUCUCCUGUCACUGCAGGGCCCAAACCUUCACCUAGUGAUCUGUCUCCUAUCACUGAAAGGGCCCGGAGUCACCCCUACUAGUCUGUCAGUUUCUGUGUUAAAAAAUAAAUUGUGAAACACUG